UCAUUGCAACUUGGUGGCGCUAAUAGCUAGGUUAAGCUAAGCAAAUGCUAGGCUCUCUAUGUUGAAUCAGAUUUCGAGGCAUUUGGGUCUACUUUCGUGACAUAUGCCUACAAUGUAUGCUCACAUCCCGGAACGAUCUGCGUAUCGUUCAGUGUCGUUGAUCCGUUUGCACGGCGGACAGAGUGGUAUUUUUCGUGAAAGAUAAUAUGGCUACUGCACAGUUGAACAGAACCAGAACUGCGAAGAAACUUGAAAAACCACGACCGCUUAAGCUUAACCAACGCAAUUCGACCGUCGAUGGACGGAUCACGACUGUAGAGGAUAUAGUAUCCCUAAUCGACAAUGUUGCGAUGCAACUGACCAAUGGCUUCCAUGAUCGAACGCUGCAAAUGAAUGUGAUCUCUAUGUGUAGUCAUUUGAAGCUUUAUGCCAACCAAUUGGAAGCUAUCUACAAAGAUCAGCUAGACCGAGCCUUUGUGGCGAUCAGAAAUGGGAGCCAGGACGACAGAUUAGAUCUGACGACCAGGGUUCAUCUGCUGGAACUCAUUGAACUGCGAGCAAAACAAUGGCGUCACACGGAUUCGAUGGACGUGUAUUAUAUGCAAAAGUUGUCACAUCUAGACAACCAGACUGAGGCAAUCCCUGAUACACCUACAAACUCUCUGUCGUCCCCGUUAUUAGCAAUGACUUCGCCCACUUCAACACCGAUUUUGGGACCCGGUGAAGUAAUCAAGAAUAGCGGAAAAUUCACCAAACCUACGCGUAUACCGGGAAAAAAUUACUGCAAAGACGAAGUCGUCAUUCGCAAUAGCGACUCGGGAAAAGUGAUGGGAAUAAAAGGGCGUCGAGUUCACAUGAUAGAAGAGCUCAGCCAGACGAUCAUCUCCUUCCAGCGAGUAAACCCUGGAGCUAAAGAACGACUUGUCCAAAUCACGGGCACGUCUGAGGACAAGAUUCAUUACGCGAAGGAUUUAAUAAAAGAUACGAUACAACGAAAUGCAUCUCCAGUAAGACUGGAACAGAGCUCUAGUGGCGAGAAGGGAGCCAUGGGUGGUUCUAGCUCCUCGCUCAACAGCAGCGCAUCGGACGAAAGCAACCGGCUGCAACACAACUCUCGUCUACGUUCGUCUCUCCUACACAGUUUCUCUACCAACGAUGCCAGUAUAGGCGAAUAUAAGUACACUGUUACUGUUGGUAAUCAGUCCCUCAAAAUUACUGGCUGCAAUCUCGAUCUCGUUAGGACGGCGAAACUGGUACUAGAUGAACAUUUUUUGGGCGACUCUGAGAACUUUACCAGCGGGAUAGAAUACUUCAACUAUGAGGAUGAGCCCAGCUUCUCCGUAUCUACCGUUUCUUCCCAUAUUCCCCGUUGUACACCGUUGUCACCGUUGGACAACGUGAAUGCUUCUUCUCUAAAUCGAGAGUUGAGCCUGGAUAGCGCUGCAACUUCUUCAGAAAGCGAAGAAACUUACAAAUCUCGUCCGAUCUCCGAAGAACAAUCCAAGACUCAACAAGUUCCGGAAGCAAGAGAACUUACGUACGAGUUUCUGCUGCUAUGCGCGACAGGCCCGUACGCGAAGCGACCUCCCGCCGAUUGGGCGCGCAUACAGAAGGAAUGUCCUAAUAUAGUUCGUAAGGCACCGAUUCGCUGGUUCGAACCGGAGGCAUACAAAGCCAAAUUAGCAGCUGCUGGUUCUGUUGCAAUAUUGCCGAUUAACGAAGCGGAAACCGAUCCCGAAUGAAGUUGAAAUUGUCAAAUUGCUUUUUCUUCCUGUAUUCUAUUUUCAUCUUGGUGAUAAAUUUUCAGAAAACAACACGUAGUAUCAACCGCAACAAGAUUACGGCGUUUUAUUCUUGUAUGUGCGUAUAUGUUCUUGUAAAAGAUAUAUAU